GCGAAGCACCAAACCUGAACUAAGCACACUCACUGCUUGACAAUGGAAAUCCCUUUCUUUCUCCUAACAAUCAUCUUUUUCCUCUCCAGCUCCGCCACCGCCACAUCAAAGCCUGGUGAAUCGAAUGAUCUGAUUCGUUCAUCGUGUGUCCACGCCAGCUAUCCAAGCCUCUGCUUCAGGACCCUUUCUUCCUACUCUGGCCCAGCCGACACCCCACGUGACUUGGCCCAAGCAGCCGUCAAAGUCAGCCUGUCCCGUGCCAGGAAAGUGUCGACCUACUUGACGACGAGGGUGACGGGGAAGAGCAAGAGGGAGCGAGUUGCACUGAGUGACUGCGUGGACCAGAUAUCCGAGACGAUGGACGAGUUGAGCAAGACGCUACAGGAGUUGAAGCACUUGAGAGGGGAGACGUUCGGGUUUCAGAUGAGUAAUGCGCAGACAUGGGUGAGUGCGGCGCUGACGAAUGAGGACACGUGUCUUGAUGGGUUUGAAGGGGUGGACGGAAACGUUAAAUCGGACUUGAAGAAGAAGAUCACAAAUGUGGCUAAGGUCUCCAGUAAUGCCCUCUACAUGAUCAAUAGGCUGAAUGAGAGUCGUGGUAGGCACCGUUGAAUCCUUGAUGACGAAUAAUGGAUGGUUGUGAUUUAAUUGGCUGAUCACGUUCACUGUUUUUCUUUUGCAAGCUGUAUAUGUAUAAUAUUUGCUAUUUAUAAAUUAGCAGAAUAGGAUAUGCCUUUAAUCUCGUGUGUCUAUUUUUUUUAUUUUAUAAUUUCUCCUUUUUUAAAUUUCAAGUUAAUUUUAAUAUU